UCUCCGAGUCCGACGCUUGCUACAGCUUGCUAUAGUUAAAAAAAAUAAAAGAUAAAUACUGAUUCAGAAAAAUAAGAGAAACACUUUUUUUUUAUAAAGAGACCGGCGUUGUUUGGAUGAGCAGUUCUUUAGAAAGCUUUACCGGAGGUCAAGGAAUCGGUCCGUUCCGAACAGCCACGGUUUGAACGACACUGCGCUUCUGUACUAUAUUCCGUACACAGUCUAUGUUCCUUCUGGUCAUGCAGCUGGUGAUCCGCCGGUACCGUCCCUCAGACAAGGACACAGUGCUCGCCCUGUUCAGCAUCAGCAUCCGGGAGCACAUCCGUCCAUGUUUUCACAACGCCAUGACCAGCCCUCUCUACCUCGCCAUCACCCUGACUCUGUGUGUCACUGGCUACCUGCUCGGCUCCGUGUUGGGGGCUGUGGUGUUACCGGGAGCCUGGGUGGGCCUUGUCUACUACUGCUGUCAUGAACUAUAUGCCAGCUACGGCAGGGAGAAACUCCGGACAGAAAUGCAGGACAUCCCUGGGAACUAUCUGAGCAGACCGGAUGACUGUUUCUGGGUGGCAGAGGCUGAGGUUGAUGGGAGGGCCCAGAUCAUGGGUAUGGUGGCUGUAGUGGCCAAACAAAGUGGGAAAGAAAGACAUGGGGAACUGUUCAGGAUGAUCAUCUCACCAUCGUGCAGACGGGUAGGCCUGGGCUUCAGGAUGGCUCAGACUGUGAUUGACUUCUGUAAGGAACGAGGCUUCUCCAGGGUGGUGCUGGAGACCAGCUCUCCAGCCACCGCUGCUGUGGCCCUGUACAAGAAACUGGGGUUCAGCCACGUCCUCUCACCCACCAAAACACAAGCUCCUGUUUGGUUUGUAACGCUGGCCAAGGUGUCAAUUUUUAAAAUGGAAAAACACCUGUAAACAUAAUCUUAAUUAGUUACUAUGAUGUUUCAUUUAUAUUCCUCUGUAUCAGUGCUUUAAGCUUUUGCAUCGGUAAUACUUUACUGAAAUCAUUAUCUGUAAGCUUUGUCUUACAAACACAGUUGCUGUUUUAGCUAUGACCAACAAAAAAAAUACAACGUCACAGGUAAUGUAAAGAGCAAGAGCCUUUUACUUGUUCUGUAUGUAGGAUCAACUUAUCUGAAUGUUUUAUACGUGACGUUGCUCUUAAAGUUUUACUGGACCAAGAUUCACAGACCAAUGAUUGUAGUACUGGUACUUUUUUUUUUUUUUUAAAUAAAUACUAGUUUCAACUACUAGUUUGAUCAAUUAGAAUACAUUUUUUUCCAACAAUAACAUGCCAAAAAUAAAACCACCCCCAAAUUGUUUUACACCGCUGUAUGUUUUGCUUUAAACACACCAUCCUCUUUCCAACAGUCACAUGCAUUAACUGCAACCUUUAGUGGCCCUGUACACAAUGAUCAAAAAUUGUAAUCAAUAUAUUGUGUCUAAAAGAAAAACAUAUCCAACCACUCACACUAACAUUUUACACAGCCCUGGUGCAGACACCAGAGCUGGUGCAAUCAGGAAGGUGGAGGUUGAUGAUUGUAAAUGAUAAACAGUAGAGGGUGCCAUUUAUCUAAGUAACACUGAAGCACCCAUCUGUGAUGCAACUCAAUAGUUUCUAGAGUCUUGUAUUUGCAGUUUUUAC